AUGGCUGUGGCCCCGGCAGCUCCUUCCUCCCGGCCCCACAGAGACUUUCAGGUCCGGAAUGUGACUCGGCGCCGACCUCCAGCCGCGAGGAGGGCCCGCGCCCACGCACGCAGGCACCGCCCCCCAGCGUCUUCCUUUCGGCGCGUGCGCACCGAGUGCUUGGCGCUCGGCGCACCGAAGAGGCAGCAUUCUAGGACACGAUGCGGGUGGCACAUCCCGACCGUGGAGUCCCAGCAUUCUACCUCUGCUCCUACCCCUUCCUUCAAGAGGAAGAAAGAAGAUGACAGGGAAGACUGGCUGGCUGACCUGGAGCAGGAAGAAGCCAUUGCUCAGUUCCCGUAUGUGGAGUUCCCCCGUAAAGAGAGCAUCACCUGUCGUACCUGCCAAGGGACAGGCUACAUUCCAACCGAACAAGUAAAUGAGUUGGCAGCUUUGAUCUCCCACAGCGAUCAGAGAUUGCAGCCUCAGAGAGCAUGAUAAGCAGCAUGUCCUCCUGUCCUGCUGUGUCUCCCGGCAUCUGGUUUGGUGGUCUUCUUCCUGUUCCCACUUUUGGUCCUGGUGGGUGAUGAUGGUAUCAAAGUGGUGAAAGUCACAUUUAAUAAGCAGGACUCCCUUUUAAUCCUCACAAUCACAGCCACCCUGAAAAUAAGGAACUCCAACCUCUACCCUGUUGCAGUGACCAGCCUGUCCUGCCAGGUUCAGUACAUGAACACAGUGGUUGGUGCCUAUAUGGCAGCUAACAUCUCCCUCAUUCCACCUGGAGUGAGCAACUGGUAUGCUGUUCUUUUGGUGACUUUUACUGUGAAGGCUGAGAUGGGUGGACCAUUUUACGUGUACUUCUUCUGUAUGUCACCCAGUAUCCUGGUGCACAACGUAAUGAUCUUCAUGUGAACUUCAGUGAAGAUACCUUACGUUGGCUGCAUGACCCAGAGCUCCUUGGAGACACACCAUUAUGUGGACUGUGAUGGAGCCAAUUCCACAGCUGUUUAAAAGCUACUCUGGCUUCUUCCAUGGCAGCACCUGUCAGAAGAGACACAUCUGUUCCCAGGGCCUGAGCUCCAUACCUACCCCAGAGAGUAGACAGAGAAAUUGGCUCUGUCAGUUCCCAGCAGACAUCCUCCCAUCUCUUGGAAGAAAACUCUGUAGCACCAUUUAUGUUUCUCAGAAGCAGCAGAAUCCCUGCCUAGUGCCUAACCUACACCCAGCAAAUAGCAGGCACUCAAAGAAGGUGUGAAUUUAGUACUGACCCUUUUCAGCUGUUCUCGGGGCCUUAUAAACUGAAAUCACACCAUGUUCUAGGUGAUCAGACUGUGGCGUGAUGUGGAGGGAGGCCUGUCAAUGCAGCUGCACAGGAGAGGCAGCAGGGAGAGGUGUUUGAAUGCAUAACAAGAAAGCACAGACCUCAACAUGUGACAUUUCUCAUCUGCUCCCAAAUGCCUAGGAAUUUUAAAAAACAAAAACAACCCUUUUUCCCUGUAGAAAGUUAAUGGUUGUUUUUACCAAAAGUCUAUGUAGGUGUUGAUUUACCCUUCAUCCAUUGGCUGGAACAUGGAUCUGGGAUUUGGUAGAAAAAUAAACCUGAUGUUGAUUUA